GCGGCAGAGGUAAGGAUCCAGCCUCAUUCCGUUAGCGCGGUAACAGAAAGAGCCGUUUGAAGUUCGAACACGGGUUCGGAUUCUCUCCCUUUAUUGUUGGAACUGUUUACCGUUAAGAACGAUGAAGAUAAUCGUUUCCGAACUUCAAACAAAGGAGCGGGGGCGGGAUCUGUCACCCUGCCCUUGUCGCUCUCUGAGUCGCCAUUGGCUAGCGGCUGGCAAUUUCGCUCAUUGAUUGGCUAGUUAGCCUAUCAAUCGGCCGGGGCUCAGGGUUGAUGUGGUUGAACCGAGAAGGUGAAGUGUAGAGUCCGCGGCCGGACCCAGACUGAUCAAUAUAUCCGAAUAAACCCCAUGCUAGAAGCGGAAUAUUGUACUUGGCAAGCAAUUGCCCAAAAUGUGCUUGGAUGAACAAUGGAUACUCCUGAGUAUUUGGAUUUGGAUGCAAUAGAUUUUAGUGAUGAUGUUCCUUUUGGAAGCUCUUCAGCGAAAGCUGUUCCUGAAUUAUACAAGAGAUGUGAAAUGCAAAAUGAAAGCCGGAUAGUUUCUAGUUCAAAUUGGCCUUCGGGAGGUACAUCGUCAGUUAGCAGUGGAAUAAAAACCAAAGGCACGGCAGAUGUGUACAGUAAAUUCAGACCUGUGAAAAGAGUUUCACCUCUGAAGCACCAACCAGAAAGCCCUGAAAAUGAUAGAGAUACUGAACAGCAUAAACUCAAGAGUAACUAUCAAAAGCAAGAUGAUACUGAAAAUCCAAGUGAGCCUGAUACCUUCUGUUACAACAAUGGACAGUUAUUUAAAAUCAAAGACACUGGCACCAGCAUUUUGCUUGGUGAACUUGAACAUUAUGAUUUGGAUAUGGAUGAAAUUUUGGAUGUGCCUUACAUUAAAUUAAACCACUUUCCUUCCCAAAGAUGUAGUCCUUACACAAAGGUUGCCUCAGAGAAAAUGCCAGGCAUGGAAAUGAGAGAUGAUGGCAGCAGGAUCUGCUCAGCAGUGAAGCAUGAGAACUCACCAACCAACGUAACACAGUUUUGUAUUCUGUCACCAGUAAAUAGUUUGGAGUUGAGGAGAGCAAAACCAGUUGUCACAAAACCUCACAAGCAAGCAACUGGCAGCUUAGAGGGCUCUGAAUCACCAAAUGGCUGUAAUGUAAUAUAUAAUGCUGAAGCUGAGGAAAAAGAUUUGGCUAGCAGAACUUCAAGUUUGUUUGUUAAUUCACAUGGACACAAGAUGAGUGGUACACUGCAAAACGCUCGACCAAAGACAUUGUCUCUGCAAACCCCAGCUGAGAGCAAACUAGAAGAAGGAAAUACUAAUAAAAAUGGGAUUAGCAUGGGAAGAUCUGGAGAGACAAGUGAGGAAGCAAAAAAUGUCAAAAGUAUUUUAAACAUAGUCAGAGAAGGACAGAUUUCAUUGCUGGUUUCCCAAGAUUCUCCAGUAAAUGUACUUACUGUAUGUACUCGUGUAAAGACAAUGACAUCAAAGCCGUGGUUCCAGGUUUUAGUUGUGGCCGUAGCAGAUGACCAUCUCGGCUUUCUUGAUGAAUCAAAGGUGUUUGAAGCAUUGGAUCCUGAGUAA